GCUGUCAUUAUUAAUUAAUGAAAUUACUCAGCUGUGCUCUGCUCAGGUGAUUGAGAUUUUAAAAGAAGCCCACGAAGCUGAAUGCUUUGAGACGUGUGGGUGACAAAUAUGGAUUCAAAGACAGUGUUGAUCGUGUACGCGCACCAGAGUGCGGGAUCUUUCAAUGCGGCCGCGAAAGAUGCUGCUGUGGAUGUGCUGAAGAAACAGGGCUGCAAUGUGCUUGUGUCUGACCUGUAUGAAAUUAAAUUCAAGGCCACAGCAACCAAAGAAGAUAUUACUGGACCAUUGAAGAACCCAGAACACUUUUGCUAUGGAGAGGAGACCAUGUUGGCCUGGCAGGAGGGGCGACUAGCUUCUGAUAUCGUAGAGGAGCACAAGAAACUAAAAGAAGCAGAUAUUGUAAUCUUUCAGUUUCCCAUGUACUGGUUCUCUGUUCCUGCCAUCAUGAAAGGUUGGAUGGAUCGGGUUCUUACCCUUGGUUUUGCUUACACUUUGGAAAAACGCUACAGUGCGGGCAUCUUCAGGGAAAAGAAAGCCAUGUUAUCCUUUACCACUGGUUCCCAUGAGACCAUGUUCAACUCCAAUGGGAUCAAUGGAGACAUGAAUGUUACUCUGUGGCCAGUUCAGAAUGGUGUCCUCAACUACUGUGGCUUCCAGGUUCUCGCACCACAGAUCUUCUGGGCACCCACACAUCUCUCUGCUGAGGCUCGUGGCAGCCUGUUGGAAGGCUGGCGUACUCGUCUUCAAGGUCUCUUAAGUGAAGUGCCACUCGCCUUCCCACCAGUAGACAGUUUUGAUGAGGGGAAAGGCUUUCAGCUGAAGCCUGAAGUCCAGGAGAAGCAAGCUGAUUCCCCUUUCGGUCUCACUGUGGGUCACCACCUGGAGAAACCUCUGCCACCUCGCAGCCAGAUGAAAGCUGGGGUAUGAGACACAGAGCAACACUGUCCCCAUGUGGCCAUGUCCUUGUCUCAAAGCUAAAAUUUAGACCUGAAUAAAUUGUUCAUGUCUUGA